CACUCCACCACCAAUUUCACAACUUCUUACACAUCAACUUCCCUUUCUCCACUACCCUUCUUUUUGAGUCUCUGGUCUGGUAUAAUUUCCAUAAUUCAAUGGAGAUAAAGAAAAUAAUCUUGAAGUUGGAGGUAUUCGAUGACAAAGCCAAGCAGAAGGCCAUGAAGAAUGUCUCUUCCCUUCCAGGAGUUACUUCAAUCUCCGUGGAUAUGAAGGACAAGAAAUUGACUGUAAUCGGAGAUGUGGAUCCCGUAUGCAUAGUGAGCAAGUUGAGGAAGUUUUGCCGCACAGAGAUAUUAUCAGUUGGACCAGCAAAAGAGCCAGAGAAGAAGAAGGAGGAGCCCAAGAAAGAGGAGCCCAAGAAGAAGGACGCUAAAGAUCAAUUGGCUGAUCUUGUUAAAGCACACCAAGCCUUUUACCCUCAAUAUGCCCCACACUACUAUGUUAGAAGUGUGGAAGAAGACCCAAAUGCUUGUGUCAUUUGUUAAUCACCAGAUCAUAGAAGAACCCAAAAAGGCAAAAGCAAUGGUGUCGGUAUCUGUCUAUGGGUGAUUCUAGAUAUGGGUCUUCUAUAAUGAUGGUGCACUCAAGAACAGAAGCCUUAUGUACAGUACUGAAUGGUUAGUGGAUGGUGGUGUUUGAUUGUUUAUUGUUUGCCAGUUUUGAUUUGGAGUGUAUCAUAUUUUGGGUUGUUUUUUUCCAUGAAUGAAGUAAGAACUUGGAGUUGUUAUGAUAAUUGAAUAUUCUGUCUCCUUGGUGAUGGAAAUUUGAGAUGA